AUGGAGAAAAGAAGCUUACCUGCGGAGGAAGGCGAUGAAUUGGUGGCUCUAACAGAGCAAUUCCAUGGAGUGGUGGAGGAACUCGCUAAAGUGGUUGGAGGUUUGAACCAGAGAACAUUUGUGAUGUGUGGGUGUCGAAUGAAUGAUGAAGAACCUAAUGAUGAUGAUAUCAUGGUGUCAUUUACUGAUCUUCAAUUUGAUCCUAAAGAGGAGAAUGUUCCUGAUAACUUAAACAUGUCAGAAAGGUUAGUGUUUUAUUCAAAGAGCUAUGACUAUGAGAUUCAGAAGCUUCGUGACGUUGCAAAGGAACGUCAUGAACUUUUUGUUAAACAAGUGACUACAAUGAAGGAGUCUGUGGAUCUCAGAAUUGUUGAACUCAAAUCCGAGUUGUUGAAAGAAGUUCAGAAAAUGGAGCAAAAUUACAUCUUGUUGUAUGGAAAAGUCGAUGUCAUUACGACUGCUAUCACUAAAUUGGUUGAGUUUAAUUCUGAGUAUACGAAUAAGCUUGAAGCUAAGUCAGAAAAGGAUACUCAGAUGUUUGAGAAGAUGGAAGAAUUUUUGUCAAGUAUCAAGGAGUCUCUUUCCAAGUCCAAUAUCAAAUCCGAGAUUGCUCCAAUCCUUGAUUUGGUUCUUUGUUUACCAACUAAUGCUCCACAUGCAAUGCAAGUGUCACACGGGGGAGAGAAACGAAUCGGAGGAGUUGGUUCUUCAAAGGAUUCUGAUAAAGAGAAAGGAGUUCUAGUCGAGAAAGUAAUUUCGACUCAAAUUCUGACUUCACUUCCCAUGUCUUUGACUACAAAUUUCUAA